AUAGAAUUCAAUUGAGUAAACGGAUGAAGGGGGUUAGUGUGGUAUCAACGGAAAUCCCGGUAUUUUUGCAUUUAGUCAUAUUUGUUCUUGCUUAUGAUAAGUUAGUCUAGAUUUACUUACGUGAAGUGAGUAAGUUUCAAAAUGGUGAUUAUAUAUUCUAAUGAGUUUAACCCAGCUACCUUAAAAUUAAUAGUAGCAAAAAAUUUUGCCAAAGUGGCAGUUGAUAUAAAAAUUGUUGAUCCACAUGAUCAAAUUCCCCAACCAAAACAUUUACCAUGUAUAGAAAUAGACAGCGAUACAACACUCUUUAGUUCAAAUGCUGCUUUAUGUUAUUUACUACCUCCUGGAGAGGAUUCUGUUGAAGUUUACAACUGGUUAGAAUGGGAAGCCGCUACUUUAUCUCCCAGUUUGACCCUUCUAUUCGGAACAUCUUCAAAAAAUGAUAAACUCAAAUCCAAUUUGCUAGGUGCUCUGAAUACAUUGGAGAAAGAAUUCAAUAAUAAGAAAUUCUUAGUAGGAAACAACAUCACAAAUGCUGACAUUGCCAUAUGGAGUACAUUGUACCCUUUUUUGACAUGUCCAGCUGCAACAAAAGAAUAUAUUACACCUUUAUCUAAUCUUUCAAAUUGGUUUCAAACUUUGGAGGAUAAUCCACAUUUUAAGGAUGCCAUAUCUCAAUUCAAAAUUGAACUAAAUUCAUCUUACAACGCCUUAUUAAAUGGUGCCAAAUAUCCAGCACCAACUGCAGAAUAUUUCCAUAAUGUUGAAAAAUCGUCUCAUAUUGAGGAAACUGUGACUAGUGAAGAGAUAAAGCUUGCUCAAAAAGCUUGGCAAAGUGACAUAUCAAAAUUACCUAAAUUGAAGGAACAAAAAGACUGUGUGUUACCUGUUCCUGGAGAAAGAAAUAUCCUCAUUACCUCUGCCUUACCUUACGUCAAUAAUGUUCCGCAUUUGGGUAAUAUCAUUGGAUGUGUCUUAUCAGCUGAUGUCUUUGCAAGAUACUCUCGACUAUGCAACAAUAAUACCCUUUACAUAGGUGGUACUGAUGAAUAUGGAACAGCAACUGAAACUAAAGCUCUUGAGGAAGGUCUUACUUGUCAAGAGAUAUGUGACAAAUAUUUUCAUAUUCAUAAUGAGGCUUAUAAAUGGUUCAAUAUCAGUUUCAAUCAUUUUGGUAGGACGACUUACCCUGAGCAAACUGAGAUAUGCCAAGAAAUGUUCCUCCAACUCAACGACAAUGGUUUCAUGUUCACAGAGUCAGUAGAACAGUUGCACUGUGAGAAUUGUAACAGGUUUCUUGCUGAUAGAUUUGUAGAAGGUGGAUGUCCAAAUCUAGGAUGUACUUACGAAGAUGCUAGAGGGGAUCAAUGCGACAAGUGUGGUAAAUUGGUCAAUGCAGUUGAGUUAAAGAACCCCAAAUGCAAGAUAUGUGGAAAAACACCAAAGUUGAAGUCUUCAAAUCAGUUUUUUAUAGAUCUACCAAAGUUGGAACCAUUGAUUCAUCAUUGGAUCAAGUUUUCUGCACCAGGUUGGUCGAAUAAUGCCCAAAUUAUAGCUAAAUCUUGGCUGAAAGAAGGACUCAAACCUAGAUGCAUAACUAGGGAUCUCAAAUGGGGGGUGCCUGUACCUAUAGAUGGUUUCCGAGAUAAAGUAUUCUAUGUUUGGUUUGAUGCUCUAAUUGGAUACUUGUCUAUCAGUAAAGCUUACACCAAAGAAUUUGAGCAGUGGUGGAGACCGGCAAAGGGAACAGACGUUACUUUGUACAAUUUCAUGGCUAAAGAUAAUGUACCUUUCCAUGCAAUUUUGUUUCCUUCUAUGUUAAUGGGUACCAACAAGGGUUAUAUUACCGUUUCUCAUAUAAUGGCAACAGAAUAUCUGAACUACGAGGAUGGUAAAUUCUCGAAAUCAAGAGGGGUAGGUGUUUUUGGAACUGAUGCAAAGAGUACUGGAAUACCUAGCGAUGUGUGGAGAUUUUAUUUGCUCUAUGUCAGACCAGAAUCUCAAGAUUCCAGUUUCAGUUGGAAUGAUUUGGUUAUCAAAAACAAUUCUGAGUUGUUGAACAACCUAGGAAAUUUCAUUAACAGGGCUUUGAUGUUUGUAAAGAACAAUUUUGAUAAAACCAUACCCGAAAUGAAUCCUAAUAAUGAAGAUUACACUUUAUUAGCACUUUGUACCAAAGAAUUGAAAGGUUACAUUGCUUCUCUAGAGAAAGCUAAAUUCCGGGAUGGGAUAAGGCAUAUUCUCAACAUAUCUAGACAUGGCAAUCAUUACAUGCAGAGUAAUCAGCCCUGGGUUCUCUUGAAAGGAACAGAUGAAGAGAAGGCACGUGCAAGAACUGUGAUUGGAAUUUGCUGUAACUUGUCAUGUUUGUUGGCUACACUUCUACAACCUUACAUGCCGGACACUAGCGAUAACCUCAAAAGUCAGAUGAACUGCUCAAAUGUGGUGAUCACAGCAAG